AUGAAGAGGAUACAGUCCUCUCGUCGAGCCUUCCAGUCAUCCGAUUACAAAAAACCCUACACAAUAUGUUCAAGUUCUUUCGUACACGGUCAAUCGUGUGUGCAGCUGCCGUGCGCCUCCCAGCUGCUCUACCUGAACCGCACUCGCCGCACGCUGCCCGAGGACCUGGAGAUGGAAGAGGCAGCGGCGGCGGCGGCAGCGGCGGCGGCGGCGGCGGCGGCAGCGACGGCGGAGGCGGAGGCGGAGGGCGAGGCGGGGAGCGGGGCAGCGGGUCGACACGUGAAGAAACGCGCCGCCGUGGACCCGCGCAAGACCACGUGCAUGCUAUACCUGCAGGCCGACCACUUCUUCCACGACAAGUACGGCUCCGAGGAAGCCUGCAUUGAGGUCAUGACCCGUCACGUGCAGCGCGUCAACUCCAUCUACAAGGCCACGGAUUUCAACCAAGACGGCAGACCGGACAACAUCAGCUUCAUGAUAAAAAGAAUAAAGGUUCACACCAGAGAGUCGCUGAAGGACCCCACGUACCGCUUCCCGCAAAAUUACGGCGUGGAAAAGUUUCUGGAACUCUUCUCCGAGGAGGACUACGACGCCUUCUGCUUGGCCUACAUGUUCACGUAUCGCGACUUUGAAAUGGGCACGCUGGGCCUGGCAUGGACGGGUGACCUGAAGAAUGCAGGUGGAGUCUGCGAGAAGAACGGAUUGUACCGAGGUAGCAUGAAGAGCCUAAACACGGGCAUCGUGACGCUGCUCAACUACGGCAAGCAGGUGCCGCCCGCCGUGUCCCACGUGACGCUGGCGCACGAGAUCGGCCACAACUUCGGAUCGCCCCACGAUCCCGAUCAAUGCACCCCUGGCGGCGAGGACGGAAACUACAUCAUGUUCGCGCGUGCAACGUCUGGAGACAAACGCAACAACAACAAGUUCUCCCCCUGCAGUCUCAACAGCAUCAAUCCAGUGCUCAACACCAAAGCACGCAAGCCGCAGGCGGCGCUGUGCGGCAACGGCGUGGUGGAGGCGGGCGAGGAGUGCGACUGCGGCUGGGAGGAGGACUGCCGCGACCGCUGCUGCCAUCCGCAGCGCCGCCACGCGCCGCCCGGCGAGAGGCCCUGCUCCUUGGCCGCAGGUGCCGCCUGCUCGCCGUCGCAGGGCCCGUGCUGCACCGCAUCGUGUGAGCUCAAGUUCGGCGAGCUGUGCCGCGAGGACAACGGCUGCCGCGACCCCAGCUUCUGCGACGGCCGGGGGCCCGCCUGCCCGCCCUCCGUCAACAAGCCCAACAAGACCGUCUGCAACGACGAGUUCGUCUGCUUCAUGGGCGAAUGCACGGGCUCAAUUUGUCUGGCGUAUGGGUUGGAAUCGUGCCAGUGCCUGCCUGGUCCCCAUGACCCGAAGACUAAAGCGUGCGAACUCUGCUGCAAGGAGCCUGGCGACGGAGCUGUCUGCAAGUCAUCCUUCGAAUGGAACACAUAUCCAUUGGAUAUUCCAGAUAUGUACUCCAAACCAGGCACGCCCUGUAACAACUACAAUGGUUACUGUGAUGUCUUUCAAAAAUGUAGAGAGGUGGACCCGUCAGGGCCGCUGGCAACUCUCCGCAAGCUGCUGCUCUCGGACGAGAGCAUCGCCUCCUUCAAGAAGUGGGUGGCGGACCAUUGGUACGCAGUCCUCUUCAUCGUCGUGGGAUUCGUCUUCCUGCUGGUGGCAAGCACGAGGCUGCUGGGCAAGCGCCCGGAGUCGAAGCUGAAGGCUGUGACGAUCAUCCACAGCUCCACGACGGAGACGGUUCGCCUUCCCCCGGAGGACGGACGGGGCGGGCGGGCG